GUGACCUAAUUUUCCCGCUUUUACGUGUAAACAGCUGCGGAAAGAGGCCGUCAGGUCGAUUUAUUAUCACUAGACGUAUUCUGUACAUUGAUUGUUCAACAUUUGCUCGAUCUGUGUAGGUUAAGGUCGACAGAUUUGGUGGAUCGAGGGAGGAAAGCGUGACAUAGCACAAGAGAAUCGUCUUGCGAGCCAGAAUGACAGAAACUGAAGCGCCUAUGGACACAGCCCAGGAAACUGAGGCGCCAGUGUCACCAACCGAAACACAUGAAAAGCGCUUUGUAGCUCUAAUCGCUAUUGAUGCCAGUGACCAUGCCAAAACUGCUUUUAAAUAUUAUAUGGAAAAUAUCCAUCGCCCAGAUAACCGCGUUGUCUUUGCCCAUAGUUGUGAACCUCCUCAUCUCCCCGUGGGGGUUGGUGCAGUUGGAUUUGGACGAAGUGGUGUCUUAAUCACCCUGGCAACCCAAGAUGAAGAAAUGGCAAUCCCAGCAGCUCAAUGGGACGAAAUGGUCGUCAAGAAGAAGCAGGAACUACGUCAGCUGAGAGACCACUAUGACAAAAUGAUAGGAGAUGGAAAGGUGAAGCAUAAGCUGCAUGUUCUCGAGCAUGUCGGCAAACCCGGCGAAGCAAUCUUAAAAAUCGCCGAAGAGGAGAAGGCCAAUCUGAUAGUCUUGGGCACGCGGGGCCUCGGUGCCGUCCGACGUACAAUCUUGGGCAGCGUAAGCGACUACGUUCUCCACCACGCGCAUAUUCCUGUUUUGGUGUGCCACGAGGAGGAAACUCAUGAUAAGCACCACCAUCAUAAUAAGCACCAUGGACGCUUCCAUUUUGGAAAAAGCAAGCAGAGUAAGGAAGAAGAUGAGGAGAAGAAGGCUGAGUAGAUUGUUUUUGGAACACCCUGUGGCAUGUUAACAUUAAAGGCCAGUGCUCUCUCGUUCAUUAUAUUUCCUUGUUGCGCAGGAAAAUGGAAAAAAAUCGUUGCUGUAGUGCUUGGUUGAUAGUUUGCAGUACAUGCAAAGUCGAUGAAACCUGGGAUUUUAGAAUAUGUAUAUUCAUGUUUUGGUUGUAAAACAAUCGUUUCCAGUUUGAAGUACUUCAUUUAAUUUUGUUACAUUUGACAUUGAAAAUAGUAUAUGUACUACAUGUAUAAUGUGUGAAAGUGAAUAUUCUAAGGUUACGGACUAUGUUUUACAUGGUUGAGUUUCAUUUUGGUGGCCUUAUUUCUGUAUCUCUGAAGCAUAGAAUAAACCUUGUAUCAAAAACUUU